AUGGCCCUGAGUGUCAGUGAAAAUGGAGCACAGGUGUGCGGGGCUGAUCUCUCUCUCCAUCACCUCAAGCAGCAGCUGAAGUCCACAGAGGAGGGCAUGAAAAAGGAUGGCGCUGAUUCUUAUUGGUCCAGGCCUGAAUCUCGAAUAUGGACCAUAGCGUUGCUACUUGGGACCUGCCUGCUCUACUGCACGAGGGUCGCCCUGCCCAUCUCUGUCGCUGCCAUGAGCGCUCACUUCGACUGGGACAAGAGGCAGUCGGGCAUUGUUCUGAGCAGCUUCUUCUGGGGCUACUGCCUGACCCAAAUCGCCGGAGGCCACCUGAGUGAUCGGAUAGGAGGAGAGAAAGUCAUCCUUCUCUCUGCAUCCGUCUGGGGCUCCAUCACGGCCAUCACCCCUCUGCUCACCUAUGUCGGCUCCGCUCAGCUGGUUCUCAUCGCUUUCUCCCGGUUCCUUAUGGGUUUGCUGCAAGGGGUUUACUUUCCUGCCUUGGCAAGCCUGUUUUCCCGGAAAGUGCGGGAGAACGAAAGGGCAUUCACAUACAGCACGGUUGGGACAGGAUCUCAGUUUGGGACGCUGGUGAUGGGGGCUGCUGGGUCCCUGCUCCUCGACUGGUAUGGCUGGAAGAGCGUCUUCUACUUCUCGGGGGCCCUGACGUUGCUGUGGGUUUACUGCAUGUGCAAAUACCUAAUGAAUGGAAAGGAACUCAUCAUCCCUUUGGAAGGCUUAGCAAAGGGCCUCUCCUUACGCAAACAGACCAAAGUGCCUUGGAAACAGAUAUUCAAAAAGGCCCCUGUAUGGGCAGUGAUCACAGCUCAGCUGUGUGCGGCUGGCUCCUUUUUCACCCUCCUCUCCUGGCUGCCGACUUUCUUCAAGGAGACUUUUCCCGAUUCCAAAGGGUGGGUAUUUAACGUUGUGCCGUGGCUGGUGGCAAUUCCGACUAGCUUGUUCAGCGGAUUCCUUUCCGACCAGUUUAUCAAUCAAGGAUAUAAAGCAAUCACUGUCCGUAAGUUCAUGCAGGUCAUUGGCUCAGGGGUUUCCAGCAUUUUUGCCGUGUGCAUUGGUCACACCAACAGUUUCGGUCGCGCGGUUGUGUUUGCGUCGGCCUGCGUGGGACUACAGACCUUCAACCACAGUGGCAUCUCAGUCAAUAUACAAGACCUGGCUCCUUCGUGUGCUGGCCUGCUGUUUGGGGUGGCAAAUACUGGUGGGGCUUUAUUAGGUGUUGUUUGUGUGUACCUAGCUGGACAUCUGAUCGAAAUCACCGGUUCAUGGGUAUCUGUUUUCAAUCUCGUGGCAGCAGUAAACGCCUUUGGACUUUGUACUUUCCUCAUCUUUGGGAAAGCCCACAGAGUGGACACAGACUCUGCCUUUGUAGAACUGUAGGGACCAAGAUUUAGACAGGACGCGAAGUCUGGGAUGGGAGGACACAGAAUUGAAACUGGACACUGAGAUAGUUUUUAUGAAUGAAGAAAUGGAUGAAGAAAUUGACAAAUGGAUAUCCAGUGGCUUACUGAUAUCCUUAGUUCCAUUGAUGUGCAUUGGCCCCUUUUGCAGCUGUCUGGAGUGAUCGUGAUACUGACAAGCUUGCUUGUUGCUACCGUACUGCAAGCUGCUUCUCUUUCUACUGGAAACGUUGUUCAAAUUGCAAACAAGCACCCACAAAAGUUCAUCGCAAUAGAGUUGUGGCUACUUAACAUUGUCCCAGGAGGAGCAGAGUCCAGGCGCGUAGCAAGGGAGGGGCGAUGAGGGAGGGGUGUCCCGGGCUCCACUCUGGCAGGGGGCAGCACCCCGGCCCCUCCCCACCCUCCACCGACGACGGCCGACGAUGUUGCGCUCCGUAGCAUGCUCUGCUUCUUCCUUCUCGGGCAGAAGCGAGGGGUGGGUGGCCGCUGACGCUCCUCCUUGGCCCGCCCCUCGCCUCCUCUGGGGCUCUCUGAGGCUUGCGGGUUGUCUGCGGGUUCAACCUCGUGGUCUCGCUGGGACCGCGGGGACUCUUUCCCCCCGUCUCCCUCUCUCGCACUUGGCGCUUGUGCGGUCCCAGGAGGAGCCUCUGCGCUCUUCCUAGAGCUGCCACCGGGACUGCUGCACACUCGCCCGGGCAGUGGCGCGGUGGAGCUGGAGCCAACGAGGCACACGGAGAUCGCGGCGGCUGAUCCGCAGAGAUCGUGCCUGCUUUGCCAUGAGUUUCCCUCGGCCCUUGCGCCGAUCCGUCAGCCUGAGCUCUGCAUGGACCCUGAGGCUCAUGGUGCUGGGACAGGGCCCCGUGGGUAAAACAGGUAUACCAUCCCGUCCACUCCCGUGGAUGCGGGUGUCCUUAAGCACAUGGGGCACCGGGGACAUUUCGCCACUCGAGCACCGAUCCUUCCCUCUCCACGUGGAGGGCCAGCUAGCAGCGCUCCCUUUCCAAUCCGUCGAAAUCGUCCCCUGCCUGGACGGACUGCACAUGCACCGUUCGUCCUGGCGCGUGCGUUGUGACGUCAGGAACUUAUCUGCCCGUUAAAAAGAGAACUUGUUUUCUGCAGCCUUAACCUUGGUCCUCCAGGUCUCAGCUGAUGUGUGUGUGAAACCUGCAGUUUUUCUGUACCAUUUUGAUGUUCUGUUCCAGAGACCCUCGUUGGUGGGUCUCCUAUCAAAAACGACCCAACGCAGUUUGAGUUUUCUCAGCCAUUAAUCACGAGACUUUCCAGAUAAUGGCUUUGUGUGAGAGCGUGGAUGUGAGCAAUAAUGGCUUAGUUGUUUUUCUUUCUUCUCAGAUGACAUCCUGACAGCUUUCUCCAGAGAGAAGUUGCUGUUGUUGGGAGGCAGGGAUAUAUUUCCUGCACACACCAGUUUGUUUGUUUUUAAUCUCAGUCGGCAUUAUAACUGGUUUGACUAGUAAAACCGUGUCCUCUCAGAAAACAAGGACUGGGCUCUGAAAAGUCAGUAAACUCUGGCUUGUGUCAGACUCGGCCCAUAAACCUGCCAGAUUCCAUCUCCUCCCACUGGUAUUUUUGUCUAGGUCAGGGUUUCCCAAACUUGGGUCUCCAGCUGUUUUUGGACUACAGUUCCCAUCAUUCUUAGCUAGUAGGACCAGUGGUCAGGGAUGAUGGGAAUUGUAGUCCAAAACCAGCUAGAGACCCAAGUUUGGGAAAUCCUGGUCUAGGUUGAAGUGCUCUGGUGGAAUUGGCUAGUACCUGUAACAUCACUAGAGAUAGGCAUCAAUUUCCCCCCUUUGUUCCAGAACCAUUCCAUUUUGCUUAUUAUUAUUAUUAUUAUUAUUAUUAUUAUUAUUAUUAUUAUUAUUAUUAUGUGGGGGGAGGUAUUUGUAUUUUAAUAGGAUGUGGGGAUUUUGGUGCGUUGUAGGUUGUGUGCUGUAUUACAUAAGCAAAGAAAUGAGGACAUAGCCCCUAGUGGAGAGCUUGCUAGUGGUUCGCACAAAGGAUAAAAUGCAGUUGCAAGAUUGUUUUAUAGAUAAUGCACAGUGAGGCCAUUUAGAUUUCCUGCUAGCUCUCACUUUCUUCCAAGGUCUGUGGGGCAGUAGCCUCAGGAAUUUGAAAGAGGAAUGUGGAUCCAUAGAGUGUCUUAUUAGAGUCCCUUUAACCAGAGGAGCAUGAAAGCUCUGAGCCUUCAGCAUAAAAUAGUGUCCUGGGCUUCUUGGGAGGGAGCCGUUUGACACUUCUCCCCCAGUCCAGAUCAAGGUUCAGUUGGAAAACGUGUUGGGGUAGGAUUUUGUAAAAUCCUGAGUUCUCUACCUUUUCUCUCUACAGGAUUGCCUGUUUAUAUAUUUCACUGGUGUUUACAUGAACUGAGAAUGUUGAAAGAACUGAAUGUUAGUCCUUAACUCACCUCUUUGUGCCUUAAGUCUGCAAUUGUUGGAAGGAGCAAAAAUCUGGGCAUCCUGGAGGUCAGCCUCAGGGAUGGCUUCGGCCCAUGUUUCUGACACCAGCGGUGGCAAGAAUUCUGCAGGCAGCGCUCCGUCUGAAAAACUUAAUAUGGGGGUGCCCUUCUGCAGCCUGGGUGGCAUUUGCUCAGAGUGAACCCCCUGAAAUAACUAAGCUAGGCCCAUUAAUUUUAUUAGGCCUUCUCUGAGUAAAACUUGGUGGAAUACUACCCUGUGAGGCUGAUCCCAAGACUCCUCUUUGAAUGUUGCAGGAGCUAGCAGGCAAGCAAAGUUUGAAUUUCUCAGAGAUCUCUGUGUAGCUGUUAAAUGCCAAAGUUAAUGUUAUGGUUAAUGCCGCCCAUUUCUUAGUAACAUCUGGUGCAGGUGUGGGGAGCCUUUGGUCCUUGAGAUGUUGAUUAACUACAAGUCCCAUCAUCCCCAAUGGCCAGAGGUGUCAGGAGUUGUAGUUCAGCAACAUCUAAUACAUCUUACUGUGUCCUGAAACCCUGACAUCUCAUAUCUUCUAUUCCUUACCACCAGCAGACAACGGUGUGGGAAAAUUCAGCAUGCCCAUGCAUCAGGACUUGUGGCUAGGACAGGUUGUACUAUAGGCAUAGAGGGUGAGAAGCAGCUGUUUGUUCCUUGCAAUCUCCUGUGUAUUUUCACGUUGCAAUACUUGAAAGGUUCCCCCUUCCCGUUACACUCAAUGGCAGCUACCAGUUGUGUUCAAGUGACCUCAUUUGUUUUCCUUUUGUAAAUGUAGCAUUUAUUUACAUGGAUGCGAUCUAUGCAGGUGUUUCUUCAUACGCUCUGCACCUUUCGAGAGAGCGCUCCUUUGGUCCCUGGGUGGUUUUUGAAAGAGAACCACCACCAGGCUUGGGGUGUUGUUGUUUUUUUGCUGAAUCUCACCAGUCCAAAAUAAAGGAGACGAAACCAGG